AUGUCGCCCAGUCUCCCCAAGUCCUACAAGGCUGCUGUCAUCGAAGAGGCCAAUGCCAAGUUGAACAUCAAGGAAGUCCCGCUCAAGCAGCCCGAGCACGGCCAGAUCUUGGUCAAGGUCAAGGCCUGCGGUGUUUGUCACUCUGACGAGGCCGUGCGCUCCGGCGCUUUCGGACAGCCCCCUAUCGUACCAGGUCACGAGGUCAUUGGCAGUGUAGUUGCCCUCGGCGAUGGCGAGAAGAAGUGGAAAGUUGGUGACCUUGUUGGCGGACCGUGGCAUGGUGGUCACGAUGGCCUCUGCAGGCAGUGCAACCGCGGUCUCUUCCAGAUGUGCGACAACGAGGCAAUCAACGGAGUCACUCGCGACGGCGGCUAUGCCGAGUACGUUCUCCUUCGCACUGAAGCUGCCGUCAGGAUCCCUGCAGACAUGGACGUUGUCCAAGCUGCACCCCUACUCUGUGCCGGUGUCACCGUCUUCAACGCCAUGAGAAACAUGAAGGUCACCGCUGGAGGUGUUGUCGCCAUCCAGGGCCUCGGGGGGUUGGGACAUUUGGCCGUUCAGUACUCCAGGAAAAUGGGCUACCGCACCGUCGCUCUUUCUCGCGACGCAAGCAAGAAGGACUUCGCCAUGAAGCUCGGCGCUACCGACUACGUCGACGGCAGCAAGGAAAACACGGCCGAAGCUCUGCAGAAGCUGGGCGGCGCUGACUUGAUUGUCGUGACUGCCCCCAACCCCAGCAUCAUGGGCGACCUGGUCAAAGGCUGCGCUGCAGGCGGUACCGUCGUCAUACUUGCCCCCGUCGGCGAAGUCACUGUCGACACCAUCCCUAUGAUCCUGAAGGGAAUCAGCGUCCGUGGCUGGCCUUCUGGACACGCCCUCGACGCUGAAGAAGCCAUUGCCUUUGCGCAGACGCAUGGCGUGGAGUGCAUGGUCGAAAAGUUCCCUCUCAGCGAGGCCAACGAGGCAAUGGAGCACAUGUUGAGCGGGAAGGUUAGGUUCAGGGCUGUGCUCACUAUGGAGUAG